CCCGGUGCACGCAUGAGAGACGCCGCCGCCGCCGCUGCUGCCAGAGCGAUGGAGGAGCCGGAGCGCAGCUCUUCGGCCUGCAGGCAAGAGUGCAAGUCAGAAGAUGCCACUUGCAGAAUCUCUGAAUCUGAUUCCGAGGAGCUAUCCGAUGAAGCAAAUGCUGAAACUUUCUAUGGAACCUCUCCUCCUAGCACACCACGGCAGAUGAAGCGCAUGUCAACAAAGCACCUGAAAAAUAAUGUUGGGAGACCUACCAGCCGUUCCACUUUGAAAGAGAAGAUGACCUCAUCAAACCAGCUGUCUAACAAAGACAACGUCAAAACCACAGAGAACCCAGAAGAGCACAGCUAUAAGCAGGGGAAAAAGAUCCGAGCCACCCUAAGGACAACAGAGAGGGAUCACAAGAAAAAUGUACAGUGCUCAUUCAUGUUGGACUCGGUUGGUGGGUCCUUGCCAAAAAAACCAAUUCCAGAUGUUGAUCUCAAUAAGCCUUACCUCAGCCUUGGCUGCAGCAAUGCUAAGCCUCCAGUAUCUGUACCCGUGCCUAUAGCCAAAACCACACGUCAGACUUCUCGUACUGAUUACCCUGCGGACCGUUUAAAGUUCUUCGAAACCCUGCGGCUUUUGUUAAAGCUUACCUCAGUUUCCAAGAAAAAGGACAAGGAACAGAAAGGGCAGGAAAGCACUUCUUCUGUUGAGUUAAACCGAUCCAAUGAACUAAUCUGGCUCGAGCUUCAGGCUUGGCAUGCAGGCCGGAGUAUUAAUGACCAAGACUUCUAUUUAUAUACUGCCCGCCAAGCCAUCCCAGAUAUCAUCAAUGAAAUUCUUACUUUCAAGGUAAACUAUGGGAACCUCUCCUGUGUAGGAAGCAGAGCUAGUCUUAAUGGUACAUCAGGAGGACAGUGUAAAGCAGCCCAUGGUGCAAGUGCCGUGGGCUACGCAAGCUACCAUGAACACCUCCAUCGCCAGCGAGUCUCAUUUGAGCAGGUAAAGCGGAUAAUGGAGCUGCUAGAAUAUGUAGAAGCACUUUAUCCAUCUCUGAAGGCCCUUCAAAGUGACUAUGAAAAGUAUGCUGCAAAGGAUUUUCAGGACAGGAUGCAGGCACUCUGUCUCUGGUUAAAUAUCACAAAAGACUUAAACCAGAAGUUAAGGAUUAUGGGGACUGUUUUGGGUAUCAAAGAUCUCUCUGACAUUGGCUGGCCAGUGUUUGAAAUCCCUUCUCCGCGCCCCUUCAGGGACAAUGAUCCAGAGGACGACAGGGAAACCUCGGGGACGUGCACAGAGGAAAGCGAAGAUGAAGAACAAAUCUCCGAAGAGCAUGUGGAGGAACUCCGACAAGCCAUCCAGAAUAAUUUUACCAAUAAGCCAAAUUUUGACUUUCAGGCACAAGACCAUUUGUCAAGGAAACCUGACAGGCUUGAACCUGAGGAUGAUUCAGCUUGCUGGGUUGUCACGGAGUGCAGCGGUGAGGCGGGCUGCAGCAGACACUGUUUGACCUCUAUUUAUAGACCGUUUGUAGAUAAAGCACUGAAACAAAUGGGGUUACGAAAGCUAAUUUUAAGGCUGCACAAGUUAAUGCAUGGCUCCCUGCAAAGGGCUCAAAUGGCCUUGAUAAAGAACGAUCAGCAGUUGGAGUUUUCAGAGUACCCCGAUCCCAUUUUAUGUUCAGAUUACGUGCAGUUGUCAAAUUCUCCACCUUCUUCAGAUCAAAAAUGCAGUACUGUGUCAUGGGAAGAGCUGAAAUCAAUGGAUUUACCAUCUUUUGAACCCGCAUUUCUAGUUCUUUGCCGCGUCCUUCUCAAUGUCAUCCACGAGUGUCUCAAAUUAAGGUUGGAACAGCGGCCUGCUGGAGAGCCAUCUCUCUUGAGUAUUAAGCAGCUAGUGAGAGAGUGCAAAGAGGUCCUGAAAGGCGGCCUGCUAAUGAAACAAUAUUAUCAGUUUAUGUUACGCGAGGUGUUAGAUGAUUUACAGAAGAACAACCUCAACAUCGAUUCUUUCGAGGAGGACCUUCAUAAGAUGUUAAUGGUUUAUUUUGAUUAUAUGCGAAGCUGGAUCCAAAUGCUACAGCAGUUACCUCAAGCAUCUCAUAGUUUAAAAAAUCUCUUGGAAGAAGAAUGGAAUUUCACCAAAGAAAUAACACCUUAUAUACGAGGAGGUGAAGCUCAAGCUGGAAAACUGUUCUGUGACAUUGCAGGAGUGCUGCUUAAAUCGACAGGAAUCUUUUUGGACUCUGGCUUACAGUACAGCUGUGAUGAGUUUUGGGCCAGUGCUGAUGAUAGUGCUGCUUCAGAUGAAAUCAGGAGGUCUGUUAUAGAGAUCAGCCGGGCACUGAAAGAGCUGUUUCAUGAAGCUCGAGAGAGAGCCUCCAAGGCUCUUGGCUUUGCCAAGAGGUUAAGGAAGGACCUUGAAAUAGCAGCAGAGUUCACAUUGUCUGCCUCUGUGCGUGAGAUCCUCAGUGCCCUGAAAACACAACAGUAUAUGAAGGUGCAAAUCCCUGGACUUGAGAAUGUACAGAUCUUUGUGCAAGAAAGUCUUGCAGGAGAGAAGUCUAUUAUCUUGCAGCUGCUUAACACUGCUGCAGGAAAGGACUGUUCAAAGGACUCUGAUGAAGUGGCUGGUGAGCCCUUCUUGCUGAUGACUAAGUACAGCGACAAAGAUCACGAAGGAGACGACAGCUGGAGCGCAUGGGAAGGGCAGCCUGUCAAGCUCAUGCCUCCGGUGGAAACGGUUGAUACGCUGAAAAAUAUGCAGAUUGACAACCUCCUCCUUGUAGUCAUGCAGCCCGUUUAUCUUGUGAACCAGAGAAAAGCUUUCCAACAGUCUCUUGAAGGACUGGUCUCUUUGCAUCAGGAGCAAACAUCCAGCCAGCCGGUCGUUGCCAAAGCUCUGCAGCAGUUGAAGAGUGAUGCUUUGCAGUUGUGCAAUAAGAUAAGCAGUGCAAUUGACAGAGUCGAUCGCAUGUUCACAUCUGAAUUUGACGCUGAGGUGGAUGAGUCGGAAUCUGCCACAUUGCAGCAAUAUUAUCGGGAAGCCAUGAUUCAGUGUUACAAUUUUGGUUUUGAGUACCAUAAAGAAGUAAUUCGUCUGAUGUCUGGAGAAUUCAGACAGAAAAUUGGAGACCAGUAUAUCACUUUUGCAAGAAAGUGGAUGAAUUAUGUCCUCACUAAAUGUGAGAGUGGUCGAGGCACCAGACCAAGGUGGGCAACACAAGGUUUUGAUUUUCUUCAAGCCAUUGAGCCAGCAUUUAUUUCAGCUCUGCCUGAAGACGACUUCUUGAGUUUGCAGGCUUUGAUGAAUGAAUGUAUUGGACAUGUAAUCGGAAAGCCUCACAGUCCUGUUACAGCUAUUCAUCGGAAUAGUCCUCGUCCUGUGAAAGUACCACGGUGCCAUAGUGAUCCCCCAAAUCCUCACCUCAUCAUCCCAACGCCCGAAGGGUUCAGCACAAGGAGUGUCCCAUCUGAUGUACGGAACCAUUGCGGCGCUGCGCUUAGUCGCCCCGCUCCCAUCGGUGGCGACUCAACUCAGCCAAAACCUGUCAGCAGUGCAAAUGAUAUCAGAGGUUCCAGCGUCCCUGAAAAUGACCGACUGGCUUCAAUAGCUGCUGAGCUACAGUUUAGGUCUCUGAGCCGCCACUCCAGCCCCACAGAGGAACGUGAAGAGCCAUCUUAUCCUAAAGGAGAUUCUAGCGGGACAGCGCAAAGAAGCUGGGAGCUUCGAACACUCAUCAGUCAGACCAAAGACUCUGCUUCCAGGCAGGGGCCCAUAGAAGCAGUUCAGAAAUCAGUCCAGCUAUUUGAAGAAAAAAGGUACCGAGAAAUGAGGCGGAAAAAUAUCAUUGGCCAAGUUUGUGACACCCCCAAGUCUUACGAUAACGUCAUGCAUGUAGGCUUAAGAAAGGUGACUUUUAAGUGGCAAAGAGGAAACAAAAUUGGAGAAGGUCAGUAUGGGAAAGUGUAUACCUGUAUCAGUGUUGACACUGGUGAAUUGAUGGCUAUGAAAGAAAUAAGGUUUCAACCAAAUGAUCACAAAACAAUCAAAGAAACUGCAGAUGAGCUGAAAAUUUUUGAAGGCAUUAAACACCCUAACCUGGUUCGGUACUUUGGGGUGGAGCUCCACAGGGAAGAAAUGUACAUAUUCAUGGAAUACUGUGAUGAGGGAACUCUGGAAGAAGUGUCAAGGCUGGGUCUCCAGGAACACGUCAUUAGGCUCUACACAAAGCAGAUCACAACAGCAAUCAAUGUUCUGCAUGAACAUGGUAUAGUGCAUCGAGAUAUCAAAGGCGCAAACAUCUUCCUUACUUCAUCUGGGUUGAUCAAGUUGGGAGACUUUGGCUGCUCAGUAAAGCUAAAGAAUAACACACAGACCAUGCCUGGUGAAGUCAACAGUACUUUGGGGACUGCAGCAUACAUGGCUCCCGAGGUAAUCACUAGAGCUAAAGGAGAAGGCCAUGGGCGUGCAGCGGACAUCUGGAGCCUGGGCUGUGUUGUGAUUGAAAUGGUCACUGGUAAGAGGCCCUGGCAUGAGUACGAACACAACUUCCAGAUCAUGUAUAGGGUAGGAAUGGGUCAUAAACCUCCCAUACCAGAAAGGAUAAGCCCCGAAGGAAAAGACUUCCUUUCUCACUGCCUGGAGAGUGAUCCAAAGAUGAGAUGGACAGCUAGCCAGCUCCUCGAUCAUUCAUUUGUCAAGGUGUGCACAGAUGAAGAAUGAAGUUAUACACACGUGGCCUCCUGUACUCUGGUGAAGUAUCUCUUAAAUCACUACUGUAUGUAAUAUUUACAUAAAGACUGUGCUGGGAAAUGGUAUGUGACUCCACACGUACCGUGACUCAAGACUGCACAAGUGACUGGUGUCACUUCUCCUGCUGCUCUCGAACGUUUUCCUCGGCAUGUGUUGCUCCCGUGACGGCGCCCGCAACUUUAAAGAAGCUGCAUGUUUCCGUGAAAGUGCCAUUACUACUGUAUAAUGGACCAUGACCCUAUUUUUGUUCCUCAUUCUCAGUUUCUCAUAUGAUUGAGAAGUGUCAUGUUAAUAUGUAGUAUUUUUGAACUUUCUAGGUUCGGAAAAACAA